AGAGAAUCUAGUCCUAUGACGGAGAGUGAGUCAGGAGUCCCCGAGUCUAUAGAGAGUGUGAACCAUCAACAAAGUGUCCAAAAUAAGGGAGGCGCCCUCAAAAUAUUCCUCGUGCUUGCUGAGAGGGAGGAAGUGAAGGGGCGAGGCAGGAUGGAGGUGGAUGAGGACAUGGAGGCAUCUCUCCUCAGGCAAUUUAACUGCAUGUUGACCACUGACAAGGAAGUUUUGGUCAAGGAAUUGCAGACUUUGGUGGGGGCGAACCUUAAUGAACACACGGCCAGGUUUUAUCUGGAAAUGACUGAUUGGAACCUCCAGGCAGCUGUGUGUGCAUAUUUUGACCUACAGUCUUUCAACAAGCUUCCACAGAUGACUUUCGUGAAAGACAUCACCAUAGGGGAAGGAGAAAGUGUCCCACCGUCUACCAAGUUCAUAAAGACAUGGCGCAUACAGAACACUGGGGAGGAAUGCUGGCCCAGUGGGUGUUCCUUAGUGUACACUGGUGGAGAACAGAUGGGAGCACCACCGCAUGUGUCAGUAGCUCCACUCGGUGCAGGAGAAAUGGCAGACAUCUCAGUGGAAAUGGUCUCCCCAGGCUGUACUGGCUUCUACUCCUCCAAGUGGCGGAUGACAACUGCCCAAGGGAGCUUCUAUGGAGACACCAUAUGGGUCAUCAUUCAAGUAGACUCAGGCGGCACUUUGGCCCUCAUGCAGCAGAUGGUCAACCUUAAGGAGCUAGGAGGCUGUCCACCACCCUCCACCACAACUCACACCACCACCACAACCACCAAUCCCUUUGCACCAAACCAACCCCACCACCACCACCACCACUACCAUCACCCCAAUGGAAACAUUGCUCCACCCAUCCCCUCGUCCCCCUCAAGAGCCACUCAAGAACCACUCCUAGGCAUGCAAGGUCCUCCCCUCUCCUCAUCCCUCCCUAACCAAGAUGAGGACACAGGUAUGAGUUAGUAGUGCACCAGCAGCCACUCGGUAUUGUUGCAUCAGUCCCACCCAACACACUCUUCCUCAUGCUUCCAGGUGACAGCCAAAUGACCCGACACACACACACACACACACACACACACACACACACACACACACACACACACACACACACACACACACACACACACACACACACACACACACACACACACACAC